GAUGCUAUAUUAAACAUUUACAACUGCUAGCUACAAAUUUUGUUUUGCAGCACACGGGUAGCAUACCUACAGGAGGCAUUUUGCUUUGAUGUUAAGCGUACGUACUGUAUGUACCAUGUAAUUUUCUCUGGUUUAUCCCUGCCAGUGUACAUAGUGUACAUAUUGGGUAAUGUUGUCUGGUUUAUCGCUGCCACCGUAUGUAGUGAAUGUAUUAUGUCCCUGCGUCAGUGGAAAAUGGCCUGACAGUCAAUCAAGCAGACUGCUUACUGAAGUCGGACAGGUUUUACAGAUUUUGGAACUAAACCAUACCAGGUAAAAAGGAGCACUGUAUCAUGACUACAACAUGAGGCUGAACCCAAGAUGCACGCUUCACGAGACCAGUUACAGUCCGGAGAGUGUAUUUAUUCAAUUCAAGGUCGAUAAACAGGCAAGCAGUCCAAACUGGCAACAGUGUUAGAAUCACAAAGCGAAGAGACAAGGUCGUGAACAUGGCAGGGUUUGGUACACAAAGGCUUAAAGACAUUAACAUGGAAUUCUGGGACCGUGACAUCAAGCUACAACAAUCUGGCGAGGGACCAGCCAACAUGCGUGGGAAUAUACACGAUCAACAGUAAUCAGCGCAAACAAGAAGCAGGUUUUCAAUGCCAAGACAGCUGAAUUAAUCAUUCACCACCAGGCAGAAAUAAAGCAAAGUUUUCCAAAGGAGGGGUGGGUGGAGGAGGAUCCCAAGGAAAUAAUACAAUCAGUCUAUGAAUGUAUGGAGAAAACAUGUGAAAAACUUUGCCAGCUAAACAUUGACAUUGGCAACAUUAAAGCGGUGGGUGUGACAAAUCAGAGAGAAACAACCCUGGUUUGGGACAAAGACACAGGAGAACCUCUCUAUAAUGCUAUUGUUUGGCUAGACCUCCGCACACAAUCUACAGUUGAAAGGCUCAUCAGCAAAGCACCAGGCAAAAAUAAGAAUCACUUCAAGCACAAGACUGGUCUUCCAUUUAGCACCUACUUUAGUGCAGUGAAGUUGCGUUGGCUGCUAGACAACGUGGACACUGUGCAACAGGCUGUGCUGAGUGGGCGGGCCAUGUUUGGCACUGUGGACUCCUGGAUCAUCUGGUGCCUGACAGGUGGCAGAAACGAAGGAAUCCACUGCACAGAUGUUUCUAAUGCCAGUCGCACCAUGCUCUUCAACAUUCACAGUAUGGACUGGGAUCAUGAACUCUGCAGUUACUUUGAUAUUCCAAUGGAACUUCUUCCCAAAGUCAAAAGCUCCUCUGAAAUAUACGGCUGGAUGAAAACAACCAGCCUUGAAGGAGUUCCAAUCUCUGGGUGCCUUGGUGACCAGUCGGCUGCACUGGUUGGUCAGAUGUGCUUCAAGGACGGCCAGACCAAAAACACGUAUGGGACAGGUUGCUUCAUGCUCAGAAAUACAGGGAAGAAGGCCAUCAUGUCAGAGCAUGGCCUGCUGACUACAGUUGCCUACAAAAUGGGAAGAGAGCAGCCUCCUUGCUAUGCACUAGAGGGCUCAGUGGCCAUUGCUGGGGCAGUAGUUCGAUGGCUCAAGGACAAUAUGGGAAUCGUGCACUCCUCUGCAGAGAUUGAGAAAUUGGCUGCCUCAGCAGGGACAUCUUAUGGCUGUUAUUUUGUGCCGGCUUUUUCUGGUCUUUAUGCUCCAUAUUGGGAGCCCAGUGCACGGGGCAUCAUCUGUGGCCUCACGCAGUUCACCAACAAGAGCCAUUUGGCUUUUGCUGCUCUUGAGGCAGUCUGCUUCCAAACCAGAGAGAUUGUUGAUGCAAUGAACAAGGACAGCGGUGUCCCUCUGGUGCAGCUGCAGGUGGAUGGAGGCAUGACAGCAAACAGAUUACUGAUGCAACUGCAGGCUGACAUCCUUGGCGUGGCCGUAGUGAAACCUUCUAUGUCAGAGACUACGGCUCUGGGUGCUGCCAUGGCAGCAGGGGCUGCAGAGGGCGUGAAUGUGUGGAGGCUAAGCCCCAGUGACCUUCCUCACAUCACCUCUGAAAAAUACAAGCCUCAGAUCAACCGUGACGAGAGCGAGUUCCGUUUUGCUCACUGGAAGAAGGCUGUCCAAAGAUCCAUGAACUGGGAGACCGUAGAGCCAGGCAGCGAUGACAACGGUUUAGACAAGGGGCAUGGCAUCCGCUAGGGGGUCUCCUCUUCCUCCUCCACCAACCAGAGUGAUCCCUAUGGUCUGGCAUUUGCUGCUGCUUUCCUUGUUGUUCUUUGUGCUAUCAGGUUUGGAUGUCUGCAGUUCAAUAAUCUGGAAUAACCAAAAUCAUUUGAUGCUCCCAAGAUCAGCAUUAAUUGUCAAACAUCUAGAAAGAUCUUCCAAAGAACAUGUCAUGAGCACUGCAGAGACCCUGUCUGAUGUAAUGUAAGGUAUUUAUUACCCAUCAAAAGGCCAGUUGCUAUUAAACUACAUGACAUUGUACAGUAAUUUUCCCAACUUUUAAUUGCAAAAUGUCUGUACAGUUAGGUGUCUGAAAUGAAGUUUCAUGAUUUGCAACAGUUUGUGAAGAUAUGUUUUGAAUGUAUGAGUUUUCCUUGAAAACUACCACAAAUAAGGUGUCUUCAGUUUCUUGUUUUUACAAACGAUCCCUUUUGUGUCACUAAAAUUGUCUUUACCAUUGAAGCCGCUCUGGAGGACUCGUUAUUUUCCAAUACACCAGAGGGAUCUGUGAACUGAAUUACUAGUAUGAUGGAACCAUUUUGCAUUCACCCAAUUCAGCCCUAUGGGGGCACAAGCCAGUGCAAUCUGUAGGCCGGCCCCAAGCCCUGAUAAAUGCAGAGGGUAAGAGAUGGUAAGGACAUGCACCAGGUAAGCGUGAUUAAGCAUAGAGAUGGAAAUGUGUUGAAUGGUGCGCAAAAUAGAUGGAAAUAAUGCUUUGAGAAGUUGAUGAAAAAAAACAAGAGAAGGAAGAGUAGAAAAGGCAAGUCUGAAGGACUAGGAAGUAGCAAUAUUUAGUAAGGGGGAAGUUAAAAUGGCACUAAAGAGGAUGAAAAAAGGAAAAGCAGUUGGUCCUGAUGACAUACCUGUGGAGAUAUGGAAACAAUUAGGAGAGGUGGCUGCAGAGUUUUUGACCAACUUAUUCACCAGAAUACAAGAGGGUGACAAGAUGCCUAAAGAAUGGAGGAAAAGUGUGGUAGUUCCCAUUUUUAAGAACAAAGGGGACUUGCAGAGCUGUGGAGACUAAGAAGCAUAAAGUUGAUGAGCCACACAAUGAAGUUAUGGGAAAGAGUAGUAGAGGCUAGACUCAGGUCAGAAGUAAGUAUCUGCGAGCAACAGUAUGUUUUCAUGCCUGGAAAGAGUCCCACAGAUGCACUCUUUGCCUUGAGGAUGCUAGUGGAAAAGUACAGAGAAUGUCAGGAGCUACAUUGUGUCUUUGUGCCUCUAGAGAAAGCCUAUGACAGAGUACCAAGAGAGGAACUGUGGUGCUGUAUGCUUAAAGGUCUAGUGUCAUGAAAUGGACGAUUUUUAGUAUGUUAUUAAUGUAAAAACGGCAGCCGGUAUGGACCCAUCCGUUUUUUCACCAAAAAACAUAUUUGACGUAUAUGGCUUUUUGUAACUCCCGUCAUGAAAAACCUCUCAAGGGAUUUGUUGUCACCAAGAAGCAGGAAGUGAAGUUGGAGGCAGGUGCAUGCUCGAGAUGACUUGUUUGUUUCUAUUACUUUUACCUGCGGGAAGAUAGCUCGUUUUUCUUUUGUAUUAGCCAAAAUGCCAGCUCAUUGCACGUAAUCCAUCUCUCAUAACAUAAGAUCUGCGUACAUAUGACACGGGUGCUAACCGCACUCAGCCGCGAGCGACGACAGCGCCGUGAAGCGGCCCGGCUUGGUGCUGCAAAAAACCACCUCAGUGCCACCCUGGCCGAAGGCGCGAUCGGCUCGUCGCAUCCGGGCCGCGGCCUUGUCAUCGCUUGUGGAUGAGAACGCUAUAUGCUGCCAUACUGUCGGGGAGUCUGUUGUUGGUUAGAAGUGAUCCGCAUAUCAUCUAAAUAUGGCUCGAAACAAUAGGGUAAAACAUUGCCCCAGACACUUCACUCUAUUGUGAGAUGUUCUCUUCUUUGAAAAGAGCUUCCGUGUCUGAAAGGGCGUGUCCCACGGUAAGGGCCACAACAUGUUUUCAAUGGUGAAUGUCCGGAGUGAUGUCACGGGCAGGAGAUGCACCCAAUAUGGCAACCACUUGGAUGUCAAAUGACACUUCCGCAAGUUUGCACAUGGAUGACGUGCUCUCCGCUCCGCACAUUGAAGUGAAUGUUAUAUGUAUUUUUCAUUUCAAUAUCUAUUUUUAUGUUUAUCGGGAUGACAUGACCAGGAGAAAUAUAUCAGAAUAGUGCGCUGUAGGUGUGACAGAAGAAUUGAAGGUGGAGGUGGGACUGCAUCAGUGAUCAGCUCUGAGCCCCUUUCUGUUCAUUGUGGUAAUGGAUAGGCUGAUAAAUGAGGUUAGACUGGAAUCCCUUUGGACCAUGAUGUUCGCAGAUGACAUUGUGAUAUGCAGUGAUCAGGUGCAGGAGCAAUUACAAAAAUGGAGACAUGCACUGUAAAGCGGAGGAAUGAAGAUUAGUCAAAGUAAAACAGAAUGUGUGUGUGUGUGAAUGAGAGGGUUGGAGAGGUAAGAGUGAGGCUCCAGGGAGAAGAGAUAGCGAGGGUGGAUGAUUUCAAAUACUUGGGGUCAACAAUCCAAAGCAAUGGUGAGUGUGGUAAAGAAGUGAAGAAACUGGCCCAAGCAGCUGGCGGAAGGUGUCUGGUGUCUUAUGUGACAGAAGAGUCUCUGCUAGGAUGAAGGGCAAAGUUUAUAAAAUAGUGGUGAGGCCAGCCAUGAUGUAUGGAUUGGAGAUGGUGGCACUGAAGAGACAACAGGAAGCAGAACUAGAGGUGGCAGAAAUUAGGAUGUUGAGGUUCUCGCGAGGCGUUAAUAGGUUAGAUGGGAUUAGAAAGGAGCUCAUGAGAGGGGCAGCCAAAGUUGGAUGUUUUGGUGACAAGGGUAGACUUCGAUGGUUUGGAUGUCUAGAGGCGAGUGAGUUAAUUGGCAGAAGGGUGCUGAGGAUGGGGUUGCCAGAAAAAAAAGAACGAGGAAGACCAAAGAGAAGGUUGAUGGAUGUUGUGAGGGAAGACAUGAGGACAGUUGGUGUUCAGAGAGGAAGAUGCAGGAGAUACACUAACAAGGAAAAAGAUGACGCGCUGGGGCGACCCCUAAUAGGACAAGCCAAAAGGAAAAGAUUUUGCAUUCACGCAAUGGAACAAUAAAUGGUUAGUUCUGAAAUAUAUGUAGAAAUUUGUGGAAGUGAUGGAAUGAUCACAUCUUUAACAUUAUUCCAACUGUAUAAAGACAGGUAAUUCAUUUAAUAGUUGGGAUCAUUCAUGUAAUUGUAUCCAUUAUCCUGAGUUUGAAGCGCAACAUUUAAACACAAUUUAAAUGGCGCACCAUUUGCUUUGUCAGUAAGGCUUGCAUUUACUAUGAAUGUCUAAAAUUUGAAAUCAACCUUGAAAUUACGACCAAGCAUCGAUGUUAAAACGUGACCCUUUACCCAUUUAAAACCCAGGCAACAUUUAAAAAAAAUAGUAUCUUUUACCAUUCUUGAUCAAUAUGAAAGUGACCUUUGUUGCUUCAUCGCGUCUUUCCUCAUGCUAUAUUCCAGGUAUAUUUAAAAUACUUUCAAUCCAUUUAAUUAAUUCAUAGGGUCACAAAUGUGCAGGAGCCUAUCCCAGCUGACUGCACGCAAGAGGUGGGAUACAUCCUGAACUUGUUGCCAAUGAAUCAAAGUACAUAACUAAUAUUCACACUCACAUUGAUACCAGCGAACAGUUUCGAGUCUUCAAUUAACCGAGCAGCAUGUUUUAUAGAUGCAGGAGGAAGUCAAGUGUAACUGGAGAAAAACCACGCAGGCACAAGGGGAAUAUGCAAACUCCGCACAAGCAAGGUCAGAUGUGAAGACAGGUCAUCAGAACUAUGAGGGAGAUGUGCUAACCAGUCUCCACCGUGCUGCCUUAUUUAAUUAAUCAAGUCUGCCCCCCCCCCCAACCUCUACUGAACUAAACCGUUUCAAGACCUUCAUUGAAAUGACUUCAGGUGCUUGAUAUAGCCAGAUAUUCGUUAUACCUCAAAGGUAUGAAAUUACGUUUCAUCUUCACUAUCGAUAUGUCCCCCUCUGAAACAGACUUCGCUGCCUGAAGGAACAGAAAAUAAAUGUGAUAUGUAUGCAGGGUCAAAAGGUAUC